GGCCAUUGUUCCUUCAAACCGGAGUUUAUUUUGAAAUCUUUCGCCGGAAGUGGCCUCAAUGUGUCCACCUCUGCGUUGCACAUGCAGCAGCUGCACGCGCUCACGUCCACUGUUUAAAUCCUCCUCGGGUUGGCUGUGUGAGCAGAACGUGUGCGGCGCUAAUGGCUGCCAGGGAGAGGGAGGAAGACAACAAAUGAACCCCAGAGAAACGAGUCGAAGUGAGGACUAGGAUGGUAAGCAGCCAGCCGAAGUACGAGCUGAUCCAGGAGGUGGGGCGUGGCAGUUACGGCGUGGUCUAUGAGGCAGUGGUGAAGCGCACAGGGGCCCGCGUGGCCGUGAAGAAGAUCCGCUGCCACUCUCCAGAGAAUGUGGAGCUGGCACUGCGGGAGUUCUGGGCCCUCAGCAGCAUCCAAAGCCAGCACCCAAACGUCAUCCACCUGGAGGAGUGUAUCCUGCAGCGGGACCAGCUGGCCCAGAGGAUGAACCACGGCUCCAGCUCCCCGCUCUACCUCGAGUUGGUGGAGACGUCUCUGAAAGGCGAGAUCACGUUCAACCCGUGCUGUGCCUACUACUUAUGGUUCAUCAUGGACUUCUGCGAUGGCGGCGACAUGAACGCCUACCUGCUGUCCCGCAAGCCCAGCCGCAAGACCAACACCAGCUUCAUGCUGCAGCUGGGCAGCGCGCUGGCCUUCCUGCACCGCAACCAGAUCAUCCACCGAGACCUCAAGCCCGACAACAUCCUCAUCUCCCAGGCCUGCACGCCGGCCGGCCUGUCCGAGCCCACGCUCAAGGUGGCCGACUUCGGCCUAAGCAAGGUCUGCUCGGCCUCGGGGCUCAGCUCAGAUAAGCCGGCCAGCGUCAACAAGUGCUUCCUGUCCACGGCAUGCGGCACAGACUUUUACAUGGCCCCUGAGGUCUGGGAGGGCCACUACACUGCAAAAGCGGACAUCUUCGCCCUGGGUGUGAUCAUCUGGGCCAUGGUGGAGCGCAUCACCUUUGUGGACGUGGAGACCCAGAAGGAGCUGCUGGGGAGCUAUGUGCAGCAGGGCUCUGAGAUCGUGCCCUUAGGCGAGGCCCUGCUGGAGAACCCUAAGAUGGAGCUGCUGAUCCCUGCCAGGAAAAAGAGCAUGAACAGCCACAUGAAGCAGCUGAUCAGGGAGAUGCUGUCGGCCAAUCCUCAGGAGCGGCCCGACGCCUUUGAAUUAGAGCUCAGACUAGUCCGUAUUGCCUGCAGAGAGCUGGACUGGGACACGUGAUGGAGGGGCAACACAACAGCACAGACUCAGCCAAUCAAGCUAAUGUCACAUAACGGGAUUCCUGUUUUGGUUUUUAACUAGGAAACAAUGAAUAGAAUAGUCAUUGUCUGUUUUGAUGGCUUACUGUCAUCCACUAUUCCAAGCACAUGCAGUCCUCUACUAGCUGUGUCUUUUUCCAUCAGAAGAGAAAAGGUGUGACGUCUGCCGUCGCUGCUGCUUCUCAGAGUUGGAGCUUAGUCUCAGGCUAAUCACAUCACAGCUUCCACUUUCGAGCAAAAAUGCCCCCAAAACUCGAUGGAUUUAAUUAGAAGAGAAAGUUGAAGUGGCAGUGAGACACUUUGACUACAAAUACUGUCUUGGACUCGGUGCUAAUUGUUACUAGAUGCAAUAUGAGACGUUCUCCUGUGAUCAUUACAGUGUGUGUUUAAUCCAAAGGGCCAGUAUUAAAACCCAAUUGCCUCAAUGUUUUGGAUGUGACGAGGCUGUGACAGAACCUGACUCUGGAAGUGAUUUCAGCCUGGCACAGGACUACCAGCACUAACAUUUACGUCAAAUUCAGGUAUGCCCUGGUUGCUCAGGUAAUAAAA